AAGUCGGGCGAUGCAUCGGCGCAGCAGCUGGUCAGCAUCGACGGCAGCCGACGGGAUGAGAUGCUGGGGGCUGCGCUCGGGGAAGACGUGCGGCUGACGGCGGGGAUCGUCGCGAACUGCGGGCUGGGCCUUCUCGACGAGACCGCCGCCGGCGUUCGGCGGAUGUCCCAUGUGCACCAGCACCACGACACCCGGCGCCGGAGCAGUGCGUCGGCAGGCUCCCAGGCGCAGGCCCAGGCGGCCAUCUUCGGCAACCCGUCGGCUGCCGCCGCCGCCGGCCCGCCGGCCAUCGACGCGGUAUUUGGACAGUGCGAGGUCUCGUUGCAACUGCCCAAGGCGCUGCUCCGCGCGGAGGAAGGGCUCAAAUACCGGAGUGUGACCGUCUGGGGAUACCGGCAGCGGAACGGGGCGGCUGCGGUGGACAACCUGGUGGAGGCCGAGCGGUGCCCGGUGGUGCUGGAGGAGGAGUUCCGGAUCGAUGGGAUUCGGUGCUAUUGUAUCCUGGGGGUCAACUCCCACGAGCGAGUCGAGAAGCAGGCGGUCAUCGUCUCGUUGGAGUUCAAGGGCCCCGGUCAACUGCCCUGGGGGUCCACGGUGAUCAAUACCUAUCAGGCCAUGACGCGGGCUGUGGCAGAGCGGGUCGAAGCUACGAGUUUCCAGACUGUCGAGGCGCUGGCCACUUUCGUGGCGCGCAUUGUGACGAUGGAGUUUGGUAAUGAGCGAGUGACGGUGUUGGUCCAGAAGCCCAGCGCGUUGUCGUUUGUAGAACGAUCUGGGGUUCAAAUUACUCGGUCGCAAUCAUUUUUUGAGUAG